UAUUAUUUUACUUAUUUCUUUAAUACGUAUAGAGUAUAUACAUAUUUUAAUAUUUGUAAUUUCACUACAUUUUUGUUACCACAUUGAAGUUCUACAUAAACACAGCUCAGCUUGAGCUAUACUCAACAUACUCUUAACUCUUUUCUAUAACUUCUCUCUCUCUCUCUCUCUCUCCUCUCUCUCUCUCUCUCUAAAUUUGAAGGUUUGUUUAGUUCAUUAAGGUUUCCAGGCAGGCACUAUGGUAGAUGUACUGACUGAGGAACAGAUUGUUGAGUUCAAAGAGGCCUUUUGUCUCUUUGACAAAGAUGGGGAUGGUUGCAUUACUGUUGAAGAAUUGGCGACUGUGAUUCGAUCUUUGGAUCAAAAUCCAACGGAAGAUGAACUGCAGGACAUGAUAAGCGAGGUGGACUCUGAUGGAAAUGGGACGAUAGAAUUUGCAGAGUUUUUGAGCUUAAUGGCCAAAAAGAUGAAGGAAACUGACGCUGAGGAGGAGCUCAAGGAAGCUUUUAAAGUUUUUGAUAAGGAUCAAAAUGGAUAUAUAUCAGCUAAUGAGUUGAGGCACGUCAUGAUCAAUCUAGGUGAAAAAUUGACGGAUGAAGAAGUAGAACAGAUGAUCAAGGAGGCGGAUUUGGACGGUGAUGGCCAAGUUAACUAUGAUGAAUUUGUCAAGAUGAUGAUGACCGUUGGAUAAAAGGGAUUUAGUCAGUAUGAUAAGAUAACAUUCAAAAGAAAAUAAAUAAGCAAAGCUGUGUUGUUUCUAUUAUU